AUGAAGACUGAAAUGGUAAUCGGUGAUCGACGAAUGCUACGAUUGAAGAUCGAAGUGAUGGUCCUGCAGAAGUGUCAUGAACAAACCGAUCCCAAUUGUAAACAGCACUUUGUGGCGUUUGUAGACAGGGGAAAAACGGCCAAAUUCAAAUUUCUUGUAAUGGGUCUUGUUUGGAAAUCUUUAGAAGAUAUUCGAAGAGAUAUACUCGGUCACAAUUACAGUAGAUCAACAGUUAUACAAUGCAGUAUACAGACAUUAAUCGCCGUUCGAGAUCUCCACGGUAUAGGAUACUUACAUAGGGAAGUCAAGGAUAUAAAGCCCCAAAAUUAUGCAGUUGGUCUUGCAGAACAGCAAAAUAUGGUUUAUAUGUUAGAUUUUGGUAUUGCUCGAAAGUAUACCGUAGGCGAUACUAAGGAAGUCAAAUUACCAAGAGCCAAAGUAAGCUUUCUCGGUACAGUACGAUUCGCAUCACGGGCAUGUCACAAAAACCUCGAGCAAGGGCGAAAAGACGACUUGGAGUCCUGGAUCUUCAUGAUAUAUGAGCUAUUCGACGAUGCAUACGGCUUACCGUGGAAGAGAGCUGAUCGUACAAAAGUUCUACCACUCAAAGAAAAAUUCUUCAAGAAUCAAAUAACAAAAUGUUACAAAGUGGUUCCAGCUGAUUUUAAGCGUAUCGUCGAGUACAUUGAUGGGAUGCAAUUUGCUGACGAACCCGAUUAUGUUUAUAUAACGAACUCGUUAAACAAUAUAGCCAAAGAGCAUAAAAUCGAUCUCACACGUAAAUUGGACUGGAUUGGUGUCACGCCGAAACCUCAGAAGAAGAAAAGAGAAGUACGUUAUGAUAGUCUUCUGCGAUGUCGAUAA